GGCCGGGCGCCGACGGGGACGCCCGGGCAGCGGGCACCGCGCGCUGCUUGUGCCUCUCGCCGCCUUCUCUUAGAAGGAGGGAGACCUCAGGGCCAGUGUCUUUGGGGACUCGCUGAAGGUUUGGGGACAUGUGGUGGCCCCCCUGGCUGGCCGCCUGUCUGGCGUGGGGCUGUGUGGCCGCGCUGUGCGGCUCCCGCGGGCUCUGCCUGGCCCCGAACGCCUCCCGCCCCGAGCCGGGGCAGUGCCCGCGGCGCCGGGGGGCGGCGGAUCUCUGCGCCUGGGCCUUGUCCUCCGACAGCCUCCUAGAUCCUUUUCCAGUUGAUGUGAUCCAGGAAAAUUAUGUCCGUAAUGUGAGAAACUGCAUUUUUUCAAUUGUUUAUCCUACACCUUUUAAAUCUAGAGUUCGUCUUGUAGCUGUUUCAAAGGAAGUUAUUGAAAAUAUUUUGGAUCUUGAUAUAUCUGUCAAAGGAACAUCUGAUUUUCUUGAGUUCGUCAGUGGUGGGAAAGUGAUACUUGGGUCUGUUCCAUUGGCCCAUAGAUAUGGGGGUCACCAGUUUGGUACCUGGGCAGGUCAGCUGGGGGAUGGAAGAGCCCACUUGGUUGGAGUAUAUACAAACAGGCAUGGUGAGAGGUGGGAACUGCAGUUGAAAGGGUCAGGAAAGACCCCAUACUCCAGGAAUGGGGAUGGAAGAGCUGUGCUUCGCUCUUCUGUUAGAGAGUUUUUAUGUAGUGAGGCCAUGCACUAUCUUGGAAUUCCUACAAGCAGAGCUGCUAGCUUAGUUGUAAGUGAUGAUGAUGUGUGGAGAGACCAGUUUUACAAUGGAAACAUUAAGAAAGAAAGAGGUGCAAUAGUGCUACGUCUUGCCAAGUCAUGGUUUCGUAUAGGAUCCUUAGAAAUCUUAGCUCAUUCGGGGGAACUGGACUUACAAAGAAGAUUACUGGACUUUGUCAUCCAGGAACAUUUUCCAUCAAUAGCUAUGAAUGAUUCAAAUAGAUAUCUGGAAUUUUUCUCUACAGUCGUAUCAGAGACUGCAAAUCUGAUUGCAUUGUGGAUGUCUGUGGGGUUUGCACAUGGUGUGUGCAAUACAGAUAACUUCAGUUUAUUGUCCAUAACAAUAGAUUAUGGUCCGUUUGGAUUUAUGGAGUCCUAUGACCCAAAUUUUGUUCCAAACACAUCUGAUGAUGAAAGGAGAUAUAAAAUAGGAAAUCAGGCAAAUGUUGGGCUGUUUAAUCUGAGCAAGCUCUUACAAGCCCUAAAACCUUUAUUGGAUCCCAGGCAAAAGCAUCUAGCUUCCCAGAUUUUGGAGGGGUAUGGUGAGCGCUAUUACAGCCGUUUCACAGAACUAUUCAAAGCAAAAUUGGGUCUUCUUGGGGAGAAUGAGAAUGAUAACUAUUUGAUUGCUUUCCUCUUGAAAAUUAUGGAAGAUACCAAGGCUGAUUUUACAAUGACAUUUCGAGAACUGAGUGAAAUUACUGAAGACCAGUUAAGGGAGCUCCAUAUUCCUGAGGAGUUCUGGACUCUCCAGGAUCUGAGUAAACACAAAUUAUUUUCAGAAUGGGUUACUAUGUACCUCUUGAGAUUAAAACAUAACAAGGGUGAUUCAGACAGCAAAAGAAGAACAAGAAUGACAACUGUUAAUCCGAGAUACAUACUUAGGAAUUGGAUGGCAGAAUCAGCAGUGCAAAAAUCUAAUUUGAAUGACUUCUCUGAGGUCCGUCUCCUCGAGCAGGUUUUACAACAUCCCUUCCAGAGACAGGAGGCUGCAGAGCGAGCAGGCUACUCCCUGCGCCCCCCAGCUUGGGCCAAGGACCUGAAAGUAAGCUGUUCAUCCUGAGAGAAAUUUGAACAAGGAAGAAAAAUGAUUCAGGUCGAAGCUCAGGCCUUCAAAUAGGAUUAAUGGACCAAGCCACAAGAACUCUUCUCCCUUAUACUUUGUGGACUGGAAUCUGCUACUUUGUUAGGCAAGAUAAGGUCUUGACCAAUUUUUGUUGAAGUCUGAAGAUUAAGGAAAUGGAUCAGUAUGUGUGGUUGCAUCAGCCAAUUAUAUUGGUGUUGAUAACUCUGCCUUUCACAUUCUUCUGUGCAUUACUUUGAGUAACAAUAUUUAAGUUCUGCCAAGCUGUCACACUUAACCUCUCAGAAUUCAUAGCUGAUCAGGUGGGUCUCAAUAGCUUUUACUGACUGAUCAAUUUAAAAUCCAUCUAAGCUAGUUUUAAUAAUGUGGUAUUUUGAUUAAUUUUCUUCUUGCUGUUACGCACUGGUCAAAUAUCAUUGCAUUCUGCAGACAUACAUUUUCUUAAGUCUUUUGCAGAGCUGGCACAGGGGAUCAUCUUACACUUAUACCUUGACAUCUUUUCUCUUUCUGAUCUUCUUUUGUCCCAUUAAACUGACAAUAGAGAUUUAAAGAAAAUUCAGUUAAAUAGUGAGCAAAGAUGUCUGUCUUGGGAGUGACUUAUCCCAGAAUAAAUUUUGGUGUCUUUGCUGGUGUCAGGUGCCUAUCAAGCAUGGGUCACUGCUCUUUGAAAGUGUAUCUUUUGAUACUAGUAGAAGAUUGUUGGUGCAUGCAUAAAAAGCCUCAGGAAAAUUUUACCAAUUGGAUCUGGAAAAGGAUUGUCUUGGAAAUAUCUCACUAUGUAUGUAGUCAGGUAAAUAUAGCUUUUCUAUUCAGCCACCUUAUUUUGUAAGGGACUUACAAAAAUCUUGCAGGGAAAGUAUUUAAAGGUCUUUGAGCCCUAGGUCUUGCUAUUUAUCCUUGUUUGAUACUCUAGUUCCACAAAAUUUAGUGUAUAAUUAAGGCAAAAUUAAUACAUCAGCAAUCAUGUCUAACACUAUGCUAGAAAAUUUACAGAAAAAAAUCACUUAUCUGAGGGCUUGUUACUUCUUGAUGUUACCUUGUCUGUUCCCAAAUCCCAAAUGGAUUGUUUUAGGAUCUAUUAGUGGUAUAAUUAAAAUUUCACAAAUCUAUUUCUAGAAAUAUAAUUAGUGUGGAAAAAAAAUUUAUUAGAAAUCUUUUAGGAACUAAAAAAAUAUUUGAAUGCCUUUACUUCUUAGCUAUAAUCAACACGAUUACUCAGGGUGGUUUCCCCUCAGGUAUACAGCUGUUCAAAUGUAAAUGCAGUUGUUCAAAUGUAAAUAGUAUCAUAAUGGGAGGCACAAAACAGAUAUUUACAGUUUUCUGAAAUUCCAGUCUGAAGUUUAAGCAACUUAGGCAAGUUCAGCCUGGGUUAGCAUUCCUUGUGCAGGUAGAAAGUGCUCUCCUUGGAUCACUGGGAUCAGUGUUUGAGCUGGCACCACCUCCAGACCAAAGGUUUGGGCUGCUGGGGGCCUGUUGAAACCCUUUAGCACUGGACUGUGUUCCAGUUGAAACCCUGGCACUGAUGCAUCUUCUCGACAAUUCCAAGCAAAAUGGUGUUGUGAGGAAACGUGUGAACGUCAGCAUUACCACCUAAGGGGGAGUGGGUUGCACUCAAGUAAGUGAUGAUUUAAAGAAUGUUUUUGUGUCUGCAGGGGAAAUGCAGCAGCACUGCAGCUUGAGCCCUGGUUUCCAAUUAGGUGAAAGGGGAGAUCUCCAAUUCAUGUUUUACCAAAUGUCUGGGAAGUUUCUGUUUUGUGGGGGCCAAACAUGGCUGCCUGUACAUCUUUAUCUUAUAGAUUAACUGCAUAAAUACAGAGCAUUUUUAUAUUGCAUUUUUCUUCAAAGUGUUUUAUAAAUGUUGAAUCCUAUUAGGGGCAAGUCAGCCUCUGCAUCACCCACAGGUACAGGUAAAGAAAGCCUCCAGCAUCACCAUCCACAUCUGGUAAAACCAGAGCAGCCCAAAUGAGAGCUGUUUUACAAGCAGUGGCAUGUACUGCUCCCUGUGAGGCUUCUCAGGUUCUUAAAAAAAUGUCUGAGAGAAUGAAGCAAGCCCUGAAAGUUGGUUUCACGUAUUCCUGUGGCUGCGGAGAGUAGGUCAGCUCUCUCUCUUCUCCAGGAGUUCAUUCAUGGACUCAGUCAUGUCUUCUUUCCUGGAUUUAUGUGAAGGCAAAUCUCCAUUUUCUUUCCCCUAGUUUUACCAUGAGUUUACGUAAUCUGAUUUUAGUAACUAUUCUGAUUUCAUAAUAGUCAGUACUGACUGUUAAAGGUGAUCACACUGCCUUAGAAUAUUCCCCAAGACCAUGAGAAUUCCUAAGUCUUAAUGAUACCUAAUCUGUUCUGUGUGUUUCCCUCGAACAGAAUAUGCAUAUUUCCCAGUUCCUGUGAGACUGUCAAGGAUAACUGCUAAAUAAUAGUUCUGUUCUGUAGUUUUGCCACUAUCCAUUUAAGUUUCUACUUUUCCACUCUCAAAGUGCCUGGCAAAGAGUGCAUGAAAAACACAAAGCAGAUGGUUAUCCCAACACUACCUUUUAACUAGGUUUGGUAGAAUUAGAGAAAUGAGCCCACAUUGUGCUCAGCAUUUGGUACCAUGUCCCUUUCCACUUCCAGGUUUUAAUCAUUAUGGUUUAUUAUGAUAAUGCAAACAUUAAUACUGUGUUUGAUGAUAUAUUCCCUCAAAUCCUUGGCUACCACCUGUCUUUCUGGAGCUGCUUCUUCCCUCAUGUUACAUGAACAGAGCAGUGAUGCAAGAACAGAUGGGGAAUAACAAUACUGGGGUUGGUAAUCAAACAGGUGUGCUCAGUCCGUGCUCUUAUGCUCUUUCUGUACUGGAGGACAAUUUUGAAGGGACAGCAGUGCUGAUCCCCCACAUAUGGACUUUUCCACAUGACUCUAACCUUUCUAAUCCUAAGGACUGAUGAAAAAGCGAUGUCUUGAAGGAGGUCCUUCUUCCAGAUUAGAGAUGUAAGAGCCCAAAGGAGAUGGCAGCUGCUGAGACUGCUUCCAUUUGAGGUAUGGAGAAAGGUUAAAAAUAACAUGCUGCAAAAUACUGUAAGCUCUAGUGAUAUACAUACAGCCAUCAUCUACAGACCAUUUGUAUGGCAAUAGGUUAGACAGAGGUGGAAGGAUUAACUUCUAUUUUUACAAAUGCUUUGAAUUACACCAUUGGAAGAUCUUUUUGUAUUUUGCAGCAUGUUUUGGUACCAGAUCAAGCUAAAUAAUUGUGUAUCAUUAAGAUGGCAGCUUUGUUCUUUGAAUGGAGUUUAAAUCUUACAUUUCAGAAAUUCAGUGCUACCAUGUACAUACACAAAGUAGUUGAUAGAGGUCUAAUCAUCACAGCAUUUUAUUUGAUUUCUGGAGUUCUCUAUAGGCCUUAAUUCUUUUUUGUUUUGAAGAAAGUUCAAUUUCUUUUGUGUAAGAUUAAGUGAAAGAGUUACAAUUGCAGAUGUAAAUUGUAUAAAAUUGAGUUUAUUGUGCUGUAACAAAAAAGAAGGGAGGAAAUAGGGUGAGAGGCUGAACGUUCUGAUGAGAAGAGUGAAUGCUAGAAAAGCCUUGUAGAAGUCUCAGUGCUUUUUUGAAUCAGAGAAAUUAGCUUAUUGUGCAACAUUUUUCUAAGGACAUGUCCCACUUUAUUUUGAUGCUGUGUGUAUAUUUCAUAAAAUUAAUUUGAUUUAAAAAUA